AUGGGAGCUACCCGUCUGCCUCUAGAACUGCAGCAGCAGAUCUUCGCCUACCUAGACACGAAGUCUUUCUUCGCCGCUCGUAGCGUCUGCAAGUGGUGGCGCUUCGCCUCGCUUGACUAUGUCACCCUUAUCAAACAACUCGGACGACUACCCAUUCUCCUGCCGAAGAAAGCUGGUGAGAUUGGUCCAGACGAGCUGUACAGGAUCUGGAGCGAGGCAGCAUAUACGCUUAUGCUCGGCGUAAAUGUGAAGAGGCUACCCGAUGGAGAGGGCAGUAUGACUGGGCCACGACGUGGAGGUCUCGUAGUCGGACCGCGGGUCUCGCAUGUAACUAGUGGUGACCAUACAGUCACGAUUAACGACCGAACGAUUGCGCUAUUCAACACUUCCGCCAAGCAGCCGCGAGUCUUGGCUCAGCGACCACUGAACGAUCUGAAAGAGACGGUGGGAAGCGGCCCGUGGCUAAAGAUGUCGCCUACGGCAUAUCAUGAGCUAGCACUAUCUUCAGAUGGUCGUUUGCUAGCAGUCGCGCAGGAAAGGACAAUCCAGAUAUAUGAUCUUCUUGCCGAGGCGGAUAGCUUCACAGUCAACGAAUACAUCAGCAGUGCUGCAGGCCACUACAUUUGCGGUCUAGACUUUGAGGAGGAUAAUUCCGUGCUUAGGGUGAGGUUGAGUGGGAAGGGUGCUGUGUUAUACCUUGGCACGCCCGGCACUAUCAGCAGACAGGGAGAAUCCGUUCUACAGUACUGGAAAAGCAAGGCCGGUCUGCGACACAUGUACCUCGACUCUGCCCUAAUCUCGAAUUCAGCCGGCUCUACUGCAGAUCAGACAUGGCGACUUGCGGGCCUCCAGCUGCUGCGGCCAUUUGGUGAUGGCUAUCUGUUCGCUGCUCAGAAGCAUGGAGGCAAUGAGAGCAGCCAUUACGUGCUUGGACACGUCGGACACUCCACGCCACACAAUGCGGCAGCCCCGAUAGUCGAGCCGAAGAACGUGACAUUCUUGGCCCGCAUGGAGAGCUUCCUGAGUGCAUGGGACUAUACCCUGAACGGCAAGAAUGAAAGCGGCAUGGGCAUGUGGGAGAAUAUGCCUGGCGCGCACGAGCAUCACCCAACGUUUGCGCUGAGCCCGGACAGCACUAUGAUCGUGUUGGCGGAGCGGGACAAGAAGGCUGUUCGACCUACGCCUUUGACGCAGCUGUUCCUGUAUCGAUUGCCGAGCGCACAGCGCCUGCUGAGUACGCUUCAUGCUCAAAGAGCAGGGAACAUCGAGAAGUGGCCGACUGGUUCUAGCUUCCUAGACAGAAUAGAAGGACAAUCUCAACGGGUGCACGAGGACGUGGAGAUGCCGGAUGUGGACAAGCAGGCGAAGCCGAAGUGCAGUGUUGCUCGGCUGCCAGUAUGCUUGAACACUAUUCGAGGGAUAGUGAGCGAGAUGAAGUUCGCUCAGCACGCUGAUGGUGGGCUGAGACUCAGUGCUUUGUCCACCGAAGCAACGAAGAGCUGGAGCUUGCUCGCAGUAUGA